CCUAGGCGCUAGGCGGCGGCGGCGGGCUUGGGGCUCCUUAGAUGCGCCACGGCCUCGGUAGCGACGGACGCUCCUGCUGGGUCUGAGCCUUGCCAGCCCCUCCCCCAGGAGACCGUCGCAGUCGGCCAGCCCCUGCUCCGCGGUAACCAUGUGCGACCGAAAGGCCGUGAUCAAAAAUGCCGACAUGUCGGAGGAGAUGCAGCAGGACUCGGUGGAGUGUGCUACUCAGGCGCUGGAGAAAUACAACAUAGAGAAGGACAUUGCGGCCCAUAUUAAGAAGGAGUUUGACAAGAAGUACAACCCCACCUGGCACUGCAUUGUGGGGAGGAACUUCGGUAGUUACGUGACACAUGAAACCAAACACUUCAUCUACUUCUACCUGGGCCAAGUGGCCAUUCUGCUGUUCAAAUCUGGUUAAAAGCAUGGACUGUGCCACACACCCAGUGAUCCAUCCAAAAACAAGGACUGCAGCCUAAAUUCCAAAUACCAGAGACUGAAAUCUUCAGCCUUGCCUAAGGGAACAACCUCAAUCUUUGAACCUUUAUUGUGUUGUUUUGUACAGGGUAUUCUCUGUACUAAUUUGUUGUGGUUAUAAAACAACUAGCAAAACA